AUGGCGUGCAGAUCGCGUGGUGAAUGGUGGUGGCCUAUCUAUCCAGGUAUUCCAAUCUACCUCGAAGCACACGACGAACGUGCCACGGCGAAAACCUACGGUACCACCCCCACGACACCAACUACACCUGAGACAACACCUAUCGGUCGGCCGACAUAUCUGAGCCCAGCCUACUCUAUUGCAACACAACCAAGUUCAACACAACCAAGUCCAAUACAAUCAAGUCCUACUCGACUGAGCCCUACUACAACAAUCCAGACUUCCAGUGACCGCUCAGAUAUCUGGCCAGUACCUGAACCGCCACCAGAAAUUCAACAGCAAGAGUCCCGACGACCAGCUCUUCGCUUCUUCCCGUCAGAGCGGCCAAGAAUCCGCCUUGAUUGUGCAUCUUCUCUACAAAUCCCACAAAUCAAUGAAAAGACUCCGAUCAACAAUACUCAUUCCUCAUUGGGCAUUGCUGGUGGUUCCCCGAAACCGCCGUCCAUUGAGAUAUCCUUACCGCUGGACGAAGAUGUCGAAGCAUCGCCCAACAUCGCUGAAAGGAUCGAGAAGCGCCUUUACCAAUACAGUAUUUCUAGUAACAUUUUAAAGAUAUGGUUGCUUGAAAUCAUCAGCUGGGUCUUCAGUGCUGUCUGCAUGGCGGCAGUGAUCAUUGUUCUCAUCUACCUUAAGGACGACCCUCUUGCUAAUUGGUCUUUGACUAAGAUACCUGGUCUGACAUUAAAUGCGUAUAUCUCACUGCUCUCGAGAAUGGCAGGUGCUGCUCUCAUCAUUCCUGUUUCGGAAGCUCUCGGUCAACUGAAGUGGAGCUGGUUCCAACAAAACUCGAAACAAAUGUGGGAUUUUGAGAUCUUUGACAAUGCGUCCCGAGGUCCAUGGGGUUCCCUGUUACUUCUGGUUCGGACCAAAGGAAAGGCGUUGGCAGCCCUUGGAGCUAUGAUCACGAUGUGUAUGAUGGCACUUGAUCCAUUCUUCCAACAAGUAGUCGAUUUUCCUGAUCGUUGGACUCUGCAAGACACUUUGAGUGCAAUUCCGAGGACGACACAUUAUGAACGCUCUUUUGGAAGAGAAUACAGAGAUGGAUUCGAAGUUGCUACGGAUGAUCCAGACAUGUUUCUCGUUGUAGAGAAAUUUUCCUAUGGUAAUGGCACUGAACCUGUCGUAUUUGGAAACGGCACUCGACCCGAAAUACCGCUCUCUUGUCCAACUAGCAAAUGUACCUGGCCAUUGUAUGAAACAUUAGGCGUCUGUAGUCAGUGUGCAGACAUUUCAAGCCAUCUCACGUUUGCCUGCCUAACGACCAAGGUUGACUGGACAUCAAAUACAACCGGCGGAUUUGGCGAUGUAGAAAGCGAAUACCCGAACUCGACCAUGUGUGGCUACUUUCUCAACGUCACAAGUGCAACCCCAAUAUUGAUGUCCGGAUACCUUUUCGAUACAAAUACAUCCACCACCGGCGAGGCUCUUCUUUCGCGAACGUUACCCUUAACUACUUUGACCACGAGGGAACCUUUGUACGGUAACGGGUCUAUCAACUUCAAACAAGAUCGUAACACCAUAUUCGAUGUCUUAAUCGUAACCGCCGCCAACGGAUCGGCCGAGACCGUAUACCGCAAUGAACCGCCCAUUGCCCAAGAGUGCGUCCUCUCUUGGUGUGUGAAGACGAUCAGAUCAUCAUACGACUGGGGCAAAUACGAGGAAGAGGUUGUGAAAACAGUCAUCAAUACAACUGCAGGACCCUUUCCAUGGGUUGGGAUUCCCUACUCUGAUGAGUCUGGUAAUGGGACAGACAUAUUCUAUCUUCAGGAUAUCAAUAUAGAUGUGGUUGCACCUCCAAGUAAGGACCAGGAUACCAGCAUAGACCUUGCAACACUUUCGAGUGGGCCCAACAUCCUAAAGUUCGGCACUUCAAAUAACACUGCGUCAGCCAUCAUUCAAGGUUUCACCGACAUAUUCCCGUCAUUCUCAACUGUACUAGACGAUCCUACCACUCCGGUUUUAAGAUACAAGGUCUGGGACGAUGGCCCAGCAUGGAAUCGUUACUUAGGCUACAAUCCUUGGCUUGGUCCGAAUGUGCCUCGACACCUGGAAAGGCUAGCCACAGCUAUGACAAACGUAAUCAGAUCGGCCGACAAUAAGGAAAUGAUCUCGGGGGAGGCAUUUAGCAGAGUGACUUACGUCUCAGUACGCUGGCAAUGGCUCACCCUACCUAUUGGCCUCUUACUGCUCACUUUUGUUUUUCUCGCUGCGACAAUAUUCAAAUCGGCACACGAGAAGGCCCACGUCGGUGUUAUGAAAAAUUCGGCUAUUCUGACAUUGCUGUAUGGAUUGCCAGACGAUAUGCGGAGAAGACUUACAAGAUCUUCCAGCACAGGUGCUCCAAAAACUAAGGAGGUUAAGGGACUCAAAGUCAAACGCAAUCGGAAUAUGGGCUGGACAUUUUCCGAAAGCUUCUUUCCUCCUUUGACGCCACGAUUGUCACGACAUCAACAUCCACCAGGAUGGAUUUAGCAAGAACCUCUUAUAAUCAUCAUUCGAGACUGAAUUCAGAAAUAUUGUCAUUACAUCACGUCCCCAAAACGUCAUCUUGGUGCUAAGUAGAGCCUCCACUAUCAUGGGUUCAUGUCGAUGUAUUCACUAAUGUGUCAAAAGAGGGUACGAGAAAAGUCAUACUGUACCUGCCAGUAUUUUCUCUCGAAAAUCCUAUGUGGGAGCCUUUAAUGCUACAGGUGUCCAGCUUGGAAAG